AAGAUAUCACAUUGGAGCUGUGUUGAAUUACGAGCGCAAACAUGUCUCCUGUCAGAACAUGCUUUUUCCUGACCUUUUUAACUGCAGUUUUCAUUCAGGGUCGCGAUGGAAUCAACGAUCGGCCGAAGAGAUCCGAAAAUGAUGAUUGUGACUUUGAUGACGGCCGAACCCCACUUUGUCAUUGGGAGAAUGCCGGUACAGAGCUGACUUUCACGCGUCAUUCUGGCAGCACGAUGAGCCACUCAACUGGGCCAGAUGGCGACCAUUCAAGAUACAAAAAUGGCUCUUAUAUCUACCUCGAGUCAUCAAAUGUCAAAUUUGGGGAAAGAGCUCGAGUCACCAGUAAGAGACUGAAACCUACUGUUGGCAGAACCUUGCGAUUCUAUGCAUACAUGUAUGGCAGUACUGUAAAUUAUUUAAGAGUUUUCAUUCAAAAAAAGAACCAAGCAUUAAACGAACUUUGGAAAAUGUCUGGGAAUCAGGGAAAGAAAUGGAUUGAAGUCAAACUGAGGAUUGUCAGCUUAGUUCCGUAUCAGAUAACAUUUGAAGCAGCCGUCGGAAGGAAUUUUCAGAGCGACAUAGCAAUAGAUGAUAUAACUUUCAUUGAGGACAAACCAAUAAGGACAGGUUGGUCACAGUGGAAUUCAUGGACCACAUGCCAAGUGCAAAAUAAUUGGUGCAGAAGGGAACGCUUUCGUCUCUGCAUCAGGAGUGGAGAGGAAGGUUGCGCAGCUCAGGCAGAUGAAAAUUUGCAGAAAGAAGUCGCAAGUUGUGAUAGUUCCCAUUGUAGAGUUGAUGGGCACUGGAGCUCCUGGUCAUUAUGGUCUGCUUGCUUAUCGCCCUGUGGUAGUGGCAAACGAUGGCGAACGAGGCAAUGCAGCGAACCAGCACCUCAGUUUGGAGGAAGGACGUGUGCUGGCACGGCAACAGAAUCGGUCUCCUGCUGGAGCGGCUUUUGUGAUUCAGGAAGUGACAAUUGCGACUUCGACGACGACGCAAAUCCUUUCUGUACAUGGACGAAUUCGAACAAUUCACUUCAGUUUCAUCGCAAAUACCUUUGGACUGGUACCGCAGGAACGGGUCCUCCAGGAGACCACUCAAAUAAUUCACAGGGGAAGUACAUUUACCUCGAGUCUUCAUCGCCUGCGAAACACGGACAGUACGCCAGGCUGAUCAGCGGGAUAAUGAAACCAACUCGGUCGAGGAGCCUUAAGUUCUUUACUUAUAUGCAUGGAAGAAGUGUCAAUUAUCUUCGUGUUUUGAUCAGAGCGGAAAACGCAACUAGAGAAAUCUGGAGGCUUGGCGGCAACCACGGCCAAAAGUGGAUGCUUGGAAGAGUCGACUACUCGUGCCCAGUACCUUAUCAGAUAAUUUUUGAAGCAGCAGUAGGAAAGACCUUUCAAAGUGACAUUGCAAUCGACACAAUACACUUUGAAGAGGCAAAAGUUUCUAAGAAGACUGAAAAGUCGACGUUCGCACAGAAAAUAAACAGGAGUAAUGUAAAAGGACCCUCUAGGGCUUUGCUGUGUACAGUCCUUGUAACUUGUAUUUUUCUAAUUUACCAACCUUUUAUGCAAAAGAGAAUAGUUUAGCGAAAAUUGAAUGAAAUGCAGUAAAAUAUUUGUGUAACAUUUGUUAAUAAAUUAUGGAAGUUUAUUUUUGUAAAUUUAUUAGAUUGAAAGCAGAUUAUUUAUUACAUUUUUGCAAAAAGAAUUUAUCAUUAGAAAAUUAAUGCUCAUUUUUCAACAUAUUUCUCUUUUUCUCAAUGCCAAAAUGAUGUAAACAUUGAACUUUCAACAUGCUGCUAGUUACGAAAACCAGCAGCAAGUUGCAAACCUUGCCCCAUUAAAUGUGGAAACGUUAAUUUGAGAUCUGGCUCGACUUCUUGAUACAAUGUUCGAUCUUGUUUGGGAAUCGAAGAAGAGAAAGUCUUCAAAUGAAUGAGGCAACCUUUAGUGUGUAUCGGAACAUCGAUCAAUGCAGUCACUAAAUAAAUCCAUCCCUGACUAACGUGUCAUUUCCAACCCAGCGAGUCUUAUUUUACGUGCAGAGAACACGGAGCCAGAGAGAGAGACAGUGCGUUGCGUGAUUGUAACUGAACUCUGAACUGAACUGACUUACAUAUAAAUUAACAUGCUUAUAUACAGAAAUGAAUAUCUAAAAUUAACACAAAUGAUGUAAGGAAAACAAAGGAUAGGAAGGUUGAGUAAAGGUGAGGAGUAAAUUGAAUAGCGUGGCAAAGAUUGACAAACAAUAGGGAUUAGCGAAUGUGUGAUAUAAGAGUGACGUAGAGGAUACCUGUGCUGCGAUGUGAGAAUGUGGGAAAAUGAUGGAAUGAAAGAGAAGGAAAAAUUGAUGUAAACAGGCCUAAGUAGAGUCACUACAAACCCUCAGGACUGAAAUCAAAGAGCAUGCGCAUUAAACUUGAUAUCGCAUGCUUUUUGAAUCCAGAUUGGAGGGUAGCCUCGCACACUAGAAGAGUUUCACUCGUUGGUCUCCCCAACAAAAAUAUCAGUCUCUUGUCAAUUUGAUUGAAAAUUGCUUGAAAAACAAAUACAAUUUAUUUGAAGUCUUGAUUGCCAGAGUGCUUUUAAAUGCUCUAAAUGUCUUCUGAUGUAGCAGUUUAAUUCAGAUGGACAAACUAGAUCACUGAUAUCUUUAGGCGUAUUAUCCUGUUUAAUUGACUCAUUCUUUAUGAAAACAGUCGUUUCAAAUUUGCUUGGAAAAUUUGUCCGUGUUAAAAAAACUUUUGAUUUUUUAGAAAAACUAAAAUUAGACCAGCACUUACGAAGAAAGUCAAAUUUUUGUUUGAUAAUAGCAUUCUUUUGCUAAAGUUAGCCUUCAUCACGGCUGCUUCUGAAAGCGAUAACGCUUUUUAAAAACAAACACCAUUACCAACAAUAUUUGCACUAUGAAGGGAGAAGCCUAUGCUCUAGCUCCAGAGCCCACCUGCCACUAGCAAUCAAUAAUUUUCCUUAAGUAUAGCAAGUGUUGAAUUGUCUCUUGUUGGACGAGAUUCUCAUGUUCAGCCCAUUUCAAAGAUUUUUGGUUUCCCAUCAGGUCAGGCGAACUAUUUCACUGAACAGAUAGGUAUUCUAUUUACUAUUUACAUUCUAUUUAUAGUUUCAUUGACUAAAUUCCGAAUGGUAAAGAUUUCAAGCUGGAAACUUUCUAGUCCUCGUAGGAGAAGUGAUGAAAUUAAAAUCACCAUCAAAAGCCGGUACCUUACAACGAUUUAACUCCCUCUCGAGUAAAUGCUCCCUCAAUGAUUAUGAUCAUUAUAUUGAUCAUUAUUGAAUAAACUUUGAAAUGAGGACCCCCAGGAAAGGCGAUUCCUUUGAAAUACCUCCCCCUUUCAUAAUUUUAUAAUCCGCAUUGUCUAAUGUUUGCUCAUUUGUCAGCUUCAUUGUCUGGGUACCCAUUUGGUUGACUUUCCUAGAGACUAGGACCCCGUUUACACUGUGCCGGAUAAAUUUUAUCCGCAUCAAAAUUAUUUCAGAUAGUCGUCGCGUUUACACUAGACCCACGCUAUCCGCAUGAAUUUAAGAGCGGCUAUCCGAACAAAAUUAGUUCACCUAGGAAAGUGGAUGAAAUUAGUUCGGGUAGCUAUGUGGUACAGUGUAAACGCUUUUAUCCGGAUAAAUUUCAUCCACAUCGUAUCUUGCUCGAAAGUGAUUGGCUAUUUCAUUCAAUUUUAGUUUUCACUGUCUCCCAAUCAAGACCUUUCGCCAUCUUGGCUGCCUUGUUGUCGAUAAAUACUCGUGUUAAAAGUGCAGUAUCUUGCCAGUCCACGUAAAAUUGGCAUCCUUGUCAGCUUUCUUGUCAGCUUUCCCUACUUUCUUUGCUAGUUCAGUGUCAUUUUGUUUCAAGAACAAACUAUUAAAACAAACUAGGCCUAAUUUGUAUUGACAAUAUUUUUGGAUUUGGUCUAAAAGAGAAGCAGAUGAUUCUGAAGAGAGAAUGAAAUCUUUUUACGUUAGCGGCAAUUCUGUUAUUACUUUGUUGCCCAGAGAAGACUCCAUUUUGGGCGUUCUGUGCAUGAUUUAGGUCAUGUGACUGCAGUUAUCCGGCACAGUGUAAACGGGAGGGCAAAGUGGACACAAUUUGUGCGGCAUAGUGUAAACGCAAAUCAAUCCGAACAACUUUUAUGCGGAUAAAUUUUAUCCGGCACAGUGUAAAUGGGGUCUAGCUUCCUGAGCAUCGGGGAGUCUUUAGGGCGUGACAAAAGCAAUUGUCUACAUUGUCUCAAAAGUAAAAAAAAUCAUUCGUCAGAUUUCCUCAUUUUCCACCAGGCAAGCAAAGGCGAGUUUUAAUAAUGAAUUAGCAUGAAACUGACAGUGCAAAAAUUUAUUUCAUGUGCUUAGAGGGCUACUAGCUCUUAUCAUUCUAGACAAAUUCCUGCUUAUAAAAGAAAUGUGUUUAAAUGAGUUGUAGAAAAAGACGCAAAAUGCGCGCAAUGCUUCAAGGUGUUUCAUUGGGAAUGUUAAACAGUUUGUUUGCUCUGUAAACAAGGGGCAAUGCAAAGAAACACGCAAGUCACGUUUUCUGUGGCCAUCCUCAAGGUUCAUUUUUAGGCUCCUUUCUUUUCAUUGUGUACCUUAAUGACUUUGAGAGUUGCUUGGACUUCUCCAAAGCAAAUAUGUAUGCAGAUGAUACACAUACAGCAAUGGCAUCUAACGUUAUAUGUUCCAAAAAAGAUAUUUGACAUCGAAUUAUAAUACAAGGAACUAUGGAGAUUCCACAUUCUCAAGCUAAACCUUGAAAUAACCAAAAAAGGAUUUCAUUACUCGAGCAUUAAGGCUUGGAAUGGCAUUCCAGUUAAUAUAAGAGAACUUUCAUCAUUAUGCCUGUUCAAAACACAUCUUAAAAGGCAUUUGAUGAGCCUUGAAAAUUAUUCAAGUCCCCUCAAGAACGACUCCCUGGAAGAUCAGGUUUUUUUAAUUACUUUUUCAAUGCAUAGCUUUAGAUUUUCUCAAGUUUAUUUUUUCGCUGAAGGAAUAUCGCUGUUUUAUUGUUAUAAUUAGCAUUUAAGAAACAAGUUCCAAGGUGGCUUAGCGCGCCAUCGAAAUAGGUAUUAAACAGCGAGUCAGGUCCAAUUUUCAGUCUCCAUAUUCUCUAAGCAAGCCUUUUGAAAAAGUCUUUGUUUCAAAAUAUUGUCAAGGUACAUUUCUUUAUGUGUUGUGGCUUCCUUCUCUCCCUAGCAGGUAAUUUCACAUGUCAGAGCACUGCAUGUUGAUACAGACCUCUGUGAACUAAUCAUUUACAUUAGUUUGAUGACACUUGUUUAAGCUUCUUAACUGUCGCAGCUGAAAUAUAUGUAAAUGAAUGUACCCUUUAAAACCAGCCAAUGCCCUAUAUCAUUGCGCAGUCGAUAAGGUUCAUCAUAGAGGGACAGAGAUUCAAGAAUUUGCCCUGUACUGCCGAGGAAGCCAAGAAUUUGCCGAGGAAGAGUCUUGUAUGCGGGUUUCACUUGCUUUAACUUGUUUAAUUAUAGUUCAAUUUUGUGAAAUGCAGGUACAGGAAUGAUUGAUAUGACAAUUGCAAUAUUGAUAGGGGAUGGCGAUCUCAAUGGCUGAUACUAUGUUUGCAGUCAGGUUACACGGCUCACGAUUUGGAAAAAUACGGUGACACUUGCGUAACGCAGGUGGUUUCAUUCAAAUCAUUGGUAGGCUUAAGUAAACAAUGCAAGAAAUCGCUGCAUACUUUAUUCACGUUGAGUACCAAAAAAUACACGAAAACGAUAACCAUAUCUCCGAAAGUAUGAAGCAGCUAUUUUUUAUGUGGCUCAGUCUAGCCACAAAAUGCUUUGCAGACCCUAGCCCUAUGAUCAGUUUUGCUCCACCUGCACCAAUUAGAUGUUUAGAUGACCCAGACAUGGGAGAGUUUUGCAAAACAUUCAAAGACAAGGGAUUUUGCAAAACCAAAGUAGAGAUGAUGGAGAUAGCCUGCUCAAAAACAUGCGAUUUCUGUC